CCGUUAGACCUGAGAGCCGCCUUGCACCCUUAAUCGCGGAUAUUUACAACCGCUUGUCUCUGUUAAAACCUAGUACGGGUAUACUCCCCCUUUCCCCCAAUUUGAUCUCUCCCCUUUCUCCUUGAUUAACCCACCUACCCUUUAUCCAUCCGACCCCCAAUCACCUUUGAUUGUUGACAAUUUAUUCGACUCCCCUUCUCCAGCUUCCAGAAUGGGCCAAACGGGAAGCCGUGUUGCGGAAACAGAUAUGCCGCCUUCCAGUUCGUCGCUGUUUCCACCUGACUCCCCGCGAAGGAGGCGCCGCUCCACGUUAUCGACAGCCGGUACGCGGAACAUCCGAAGACGUUUCUCCUCACGGUCCCAGCGUCUCCACCGGCUCUUGAACCGAACCUCGAGCUCUGAUGCUCAAGAGAUUCCCCGGGUUGUGACGGCGGAUUUGAACACCCCCGAAGUCGAAAUCUGCCCCACGUUUCUCCAUCCAGCCCUCGCUGUAGCUUCUCAGCUGCUCAACUACAACCAUUCCGGGGAUGUGAGCCCUGCCAUUCAGUCACGGCGGCCAUCAGUAGAAAGCAUUCCUCUGGCCUCUCUGACGCCCUUAAUAGAUACCCACUCCGUGCUCUCUGAGGGUUUACUUGGAGAUAACCUCCCUCCAAUCACCCGAAGCACCAGCGCGGAACUCUUUCCGGUGAGAGAAUGGCCACGGUUCCACAGAGCAAGCAACCCUCGCCGUACUUUUGAGCCGCUUUUGCGGCCAGACGCUGACCCCGAUUUCUCCGUUUCGCUUUGACGGGGGGAAUCCAAGCCAACCUGCGGCCGAUCUGAACGUCCCGGGCCAUGGCUUUUCGGCCUUGAAUGGAAACCCCCCUUCAGAAGGGCCUUACAAUCCUGGUUACAGGGCGGAAAACUCCUUGAACCCAGACCCACUGUCUACCUUCUUUGAACGGGUUAGAAGCACGUUUAGCAUCCCCCCCGUUGCGGCCACGCCUGACACAGCAGACCGCAUAGAGCCUCCAAUGCCAUCCUACCGUCCUCCUCCACCACCUCCGGCCCCGCCUCCCCAACCCUGGAAUUUGAAGGUCUGGUGCGCUCAGCGAUGCACG